UUAAGCUCAACGGCUUUGGUUCUAUUGAUGACACUGCCCGGUUUGGCUCUGUUUUACGGUGGUUUAGUCCGUAGCCGUAAUGUCCUUUCUAUAUUAAUGCAGUGUUUUUCUAUUGCAGGUAUUGCUUCCGUUCUGUGGUUAUUGCUUGGUUAUAGUAUCGCGUUUGGUAUCGGCAAUGAUUACUGGGGUGGUUUAGAUAAGCUUAUGUUCAGCGGCGUCACGAAAGAGGGUUUGGUCGGCGAUAUUCCAGAGUCAUUAUUUGCACUUUUCCAAAUGACUUUUGCCAUAAUUACACCUGCCUUGAUCGUCGGUGCCUAUGCGGAGCGAAUUAAAUUCUCCGCAGUUAUACUCUUUUCUUCUUUUUGGUUAAUCCUAGUGUAUGCGCCGGUAACGCAUUGGGUUUGGGGUGGUGGUUGGUUACAACAAAUGGGUUUGCUGGAUUUCGCAGGGGGUACGGUGGUGCAUGUAACG